AUGUCAGAUAUACCAUCAGAUGAAGAAUUAGAUAAUCCUAUAAGGAUAAUACUAGUUAUAGACAACAAAUUUAAUGAAAAUGGAGAGGAUAUGAAAAACAUAGAUGAUGCUAAAGAUGAAAAAGAAGAAAAUUCAAAGAAAGAGAAUGAAAUGGAAGAAAUUUUAUUAGAUAACAUACAAAGUUUCAAAUUAAUGAAUGAAUUUUUUGAUCAGUUUGAUGAGUCAAUAGCUAUACCAAACGAAGGUAAAAUUAAAUAUGAAGUUGGAUCAGAUGGUUUAGUUAUUAUAAUAGUUGAAUCAAAAGAUUUAUUUGAUAAAACUCAAAAGUUUAUAGAAGAUUAUGAUAAUGAAUUAAGUAAAAAAUUGGAGAAUACAAAUGAAGAGGAAGAUAAUACAAGCAAGAAAACCAAAGUAUGA